GCUGCAAAGCUUCCAGAAAGAAAGGGGAGGAGAAAGGAGGUGGAAAAGCCAAAGGCAAAGGCAAACCACGCGUCUCUCUUUGGUAUUCGUCUCUCCAUGGCACGCGUCCUCCCCCUCAGCAUCGAGGCGGGGGAGAUGGCCAUGCCCAGGUAUUCUUCCUUCCCCGAGCUCUCGCUGCAAUCUGUUUGUUUGCUUGUUCAUCGCGUUCAGAUUGUUGGAGUUAUUUUUUUCCUUCGAAAAAAAGGGGAAGUUUGGUGGUGUGUUGGCGAUUUUCUUAGUAGGAGAAAAAAGGAGUUUGGGUUUAGUUGGAGCCGACGAUGCAUCCAAGGUGGUUUGUUUGGGAGGCUUCUUGUUAAUCUGUUCUUUUACAAAUUCAAAAUAGAAUUUUUGUCGGCCGAAAAUUUUGGAGAAUUUUUUGUAUGCCAAAGAUUGCGGGUGUGGUUGUUGGUUUUAAGCCUCGAGGUCGGUUGCGUUCUCCCACCAAAGUGCAAUAGCAUUGCGUCAUGGCGUGUGGUUUGGGCUUAUUCGGUUCUUUCAAUUUUCCGUACUCCAAGAGGAAAACAAAAGUGGCAUUUAUGCGUGCUGUGGCGUGCACUUUGUUCUUCGUUGCCGCUUAUCCGCCAUUAGAGAGCCCAUUGAGCCUUUUGGUCACGGGCGCUGUGAUGUGUGAUGGGCACGGGUUGAUGUUCCCCUCGCAGCAGUACCAUGCACGGACACGGACACAAGACUCACGGGGUGUUGUUAACUGUUUCUUCACCUACGCCCCGUUUUUUGGAGGCCAAUGUGGCACAUGAACGAGCAAGAAGGGCAGCGAGCAUGGAGUGAUCCAUUUGGGAUUCUUUCAAAAUCGUUGCAACUCAAGCGGGAGCUAUUUUGGGAAAUCUUGCUUAACCAUGUUUAUAACAUCGGUUUUUUUUACUGUUACAGCUUAAAACCAUAUCUGAAAUUCUAGUUAUAGCAGUAUUUCGCAUGGAAAGAUGGAGUGUCAUGAUUGAGUGCUGUCUGUUGCUCUUUACGAAACCAAUGUUGUAGGGUGUUGAGUACUGCAGAUAAACUGGGAAGAAAUUGGCCGCUGGCAGUUUGACUAGAUAUGUAAAUUAAGUAUACUUGUUGUAUUGUGUUAAACAAAUAGAAAAAUACGAACUGGAACAUUUGACCUGGUUAUUCAAAUUUUAGAUCAAGGAUUGUCACAUGUCAAAUGUUUUGUCUAGUUCAUGCCACAUUGCUGUGGUGUGAGAAAGAUGACCUGUAUUUCAGUAGAAUAGAUAUGCAGUUAUUGCAUUAGUUUUAGGGAUUACUGCACUUUAUUGUCCAAAUGUAGCACCCCGAUGGCAUCUAUUGAUUGAGCUAUAGAUCGAUGUACAUUCUCUGUUCGGUCAUGAAAUCUAGCACUUCAUUUUAUCGUCGUCCUCAUUUUACCAGGUUCUGUAUGGAAAAGCCAUGUAGAUUAUCAUGGCCUAGAAUGUGAAGUUUUUUGGCAGCCAAUUUUCUCUGGAAGCUUCACCUUCUCUGUAUUGCUAUCCUUAUUUACAUAUACAUGACUAGAUGGGCCCUCUAGCAGAUGGGCCAGCACAUAAAACACACACAUACUGUUGUAUUUACAGCCCAACACUCCCCCUCAAGAUGGGUGAUAGAUAUCUAUCAUACCCAUCUUGUCACAUGAACUAUUACACUCUUUAACACCUAAACCCUUUGUGAAACAAUCAGCAACUUGUCCACCAGACAUUACAAAUUCUAAUUCCAAAACUCCCUCAUCCAGUUUUUCCUUGAUAAAGAAACGAUCCAACUCCACAUGCUUUGUUCGAUCAUGUUGAACUGGGUUGUUAGCAAUGCUGAUUGCUGACUUGUUGUCACACCACAAUUUCAUUGGAGUAUCCACCGGCAACAUCAACUCAGAAAGAAGAUUCCUUAGCCAUAACAACUCACUCAAACUCACUGACAUUGCCCGAUAUUCUGCCUCAGCGGUUGAGCGAGACACCACCGGUUGCUUCUUGCUCCUCCAAGAUACUAGAUUGCCACCAACAAACACACAAUAGCCUGAAGUUGAUCUUCUAUCAUCAGGACAACUUGCCCAAUCUGCAUCACAAUAGCCUUCAACCUCCAAGUGUCCAUUUUUCUUAAACCAUAGGCCUUUACCUGGGCUUCCUUUCAAAUAUCUCAAGAUCCUAUAGACAGCAUCCAUAUGCCCACUCCUUGGAUCAUGCAUAUAUCGACUCACCAUACUGACAGCAUAAGUUAUGUCAGGUCGUGUAUGACAUAAAUAUAUCAGUCUCCCAACCAGCCUUUGGUAUCUUUCCUUAUUCACUGGAUUUCCAGACUCUGCACAUAACUUAUGAUUUUGAUCAACUGGUGUAGAGGCUGGGCGACAUCCAAGCAUACCUGUGUCACUGAGCAAGUCCAAUGCAUAUUUCCGCUGUGAAAGAACUAUCCCUCUAGGAGAUCUUGCAAUUUCAAUACCCAGAAAAUAUUUCAACUGGCCUAGGUCCUUAACUUCAAAUUCUUUGCUUAGAUUUUGUUUCAGCCUAGUUAUCUCCGAGCAAUCAUUUCCAGUGAUAAUCAUAUCAUCAACAUAAACAGCAAGAAUGGUUAUAUGAUCUCCACUAUGAUGAUAGAAAACUGUGUGAUCUCCAUUACAUUGUUUAUAGCCCAUAGCACACAUUGCACGCCUAAAUCGAUCAAACCAUGCUCUUGGCGACUGUUUGAGACCAUAUAAGGAUUUCUUCAGUCUCAAUACUUUACCUUUAGUUUGCAAAGUAGCAAAUCCAGGUGGAAUUUCCAUAUAUACCUCCUCUUGAAGAUCGCCAUGUAGAAAAGCAUUCUUGACAUCCAAUUGAUGUAAUGGCCAAUCAAAGUUAACUGCACAAGAUAUUAUAGUUCUUACCGUACUCAUUUUUGCAACCGGUGCAAACGUUUCAUCAUAAUCAAUUCCAUAUGUCUGGCUAUAUCCCUUAGCCACAAGUCUUGCUUUGUACCUCUCCACUUUUCCAUCCGGAUUUUGUUUCACUGCAUAUACCCACUUACAGUUUACCACUUUCUUUCCAUUGGGAUAGGAUACAAGAUCCCAUGUUUUGUUCUUCUCAAGAGCUUCUAGUUCAUCUAGCAUUGCUUGAUGCCACCUUGGGUCUUGCUUUGCCUCUUUCCAAUCCUUAGGAAUUAUAGCUGAAUUUAGAGAUGCCACAAAGGCCUUGUAUGUCGAUGACAAGGAAGUGUAAGAUACAUAAUUGGCUAUAUCAUUCUCAUCACCACUUUCAUCUCCAAUUUCAAAACCAUAUCUUUGUGGAGGUUUGCCUGCAUUGCUUCUCAUCCCCUUUCUUAUGGCAAUUGGCAAGUUUGAUUCUUCUUCUCUAAUUUCUAUUUGUUCUCCCCCUGACUCCGAAGACACUUGCACAUGAGUAAGAUCAUCUGAUACUUGAUCAUCAACUUCAACUUGUUGAGUUGUUGGAAGUCUCAUUCUCCUUGUGUAAACUUGAAGAUUUUCCUCUUCAUGUGGCUUUCUCCAUUCUUGUUCUUGUACAGGAUCACCUAUAGCACAUGGAAUUUCACCAACCACAAUCUUUCCCUUUGAUUGUUCAUUCUCCUUGAGACCCAAGAUUUCACCUUCCUUUUGUUGAUCAUGGUCACCUCUAGUUAAAUCAUCAAGAUCAACAAAUAAAGAGCUUAUAUCUGUUUUCUCACCAUAGAAUGGAACAGAUUCCCUAAACGUAACAUCCAUACUUACAAAUGUCCGCCGUUCUGAUGGACUCCAACACUUAUACCCCUUCUGGCUGGAUGAAUAGCCUAUAAAGAUGCAUUUAACAGCUCGAGGAUCAAGUUUCCCAAUAGAUGGUCUAUGAUCUCUAACAAAACAAGUGCAGCCAAACACCCUCGGUGGAACCACAAAUUCAUUCUUCCCAAAUAUCAUCUCAUAUGGUGUCUUCAUUCCAAGUAUUCUUGAUGGUGUGCGGUUGAUGAGAUAAGCUGCCGUCAUUACUGCCUCACUCCAUAGAAAUUUAGGUACAUUCAUAGUAUACAUUAGUGACCGAGCUAUCUCCAAAAGAUGGCGAUUUUUUCUUUCAGCCACUCCAUUCUGUGGAGGAGUAUCAGGACAAGAAGUCUGAUGUAAUAUUCCUUCCAAAGAAAGAAAGUGACCGAAUUCACUAUUCAUAUACUCCCCUCCAUUAUCAGUUCUAAUAAACUGAACCCGAGCAUUAAAAUGAUUUUUAAUAUAUGCAUAAAAGUUUUGGAAGCAUUUAAGCACUUCAUCCUUAUGUCUCAUGAGAUAUAACCAUGUCAUGCGGGAAUAGCAAUCAAUAAAGGUGACAAAAUAUUUCAUUCCACUCAUAGAAACCACAGGCGACGUCCACACAUCUGAGUGGAUUAGCAUAAAGGGCAAAAUACUGCGAAGUCCUCUACUCACAUAUGAUGUUCUAGUAUGCUUCCCAUACUCACAUGCAUCACAUAUCAGCAUAUGUUUAUCCACUUUACUAAACUCUACCGGGAACAUUUUACUCAUAAUUUCAAAAGAUAUAUGUCCUAGUCGACAAUGCAAAAGUAAUACCUCAGUCACUUCUUUACUUGUUGAAGCCAUUAGUGCACACACAUCCUCAUUUGUCCCUCUUCUGUCCAAGUACCAAAGUCCAUCACGCCUGAUACCAAUCCCAAGUUUCUUCCCUGUUCUUCUCUCCUGAAUUAAACAAUUCUCACGAUCAAGGGAAACCCGACAAUCCAUAUUAUCAACAAGAGAACUUAUUGAAAUUAAAUUCACUGGAAAAGAAUGGACAUAUAACACUGAUGACAAAGUAAUGGAUGGAGUACAUUGCACUAUGCCCUCCCCCUUAACCUGACAUGAUGUGCCAUCAGCAGUUUGAAUGGUCUCUUUAUGUGCAAAUGAAUAUGGUUUAUAUGAUGUAAAUUCUCCACUCAUGCCAGUGACAUGCCUGGAUGCACCUGAGUCUAAUAUCCAACUUGAAUGAGAAGUGUUCAUAGACAUAAAUGCUUGAUUAAAACUACCUGAAGUAGAAUGAGCAAAGUUGGCAACAUUGUCAGGUGUAGUCCCGGAAGAACCCUCUUCUAGAGUAACUGCAUUAGCCUUGUAAUCACCUCUAUAUCCAUAACCUCUUCCUCUAUUGCUCCUACCAGCAUAGCCUCUUCCACCUCUUGUUCCACCUCUAUCAACACCUCUUCCUCUCCCAUAAGUAGGCUUGCGUGGAGCAUGACAAUCACGCAUAAGGUGUCCCAUUUCACCACAAUUGAAGCACUCUCUAGUCUCUUUACCUUGUACAAUUGCAUAGGUGGGACUUGGUGAACAUGGUGCGGCACUAGGCAAUACUUUCUUCUUAAGCUCCUCCUGUGCCAUAGCUGCAAUGGCCUCAUCUAAGGUAGGAAGAGUGGUUUGGUGAAACAUUGCAUCUCUUCUUCCUUCGAACUCUGGAUUUAGACCCUUCAAGAACUCAAUAACCCUUCUACGCUCAACCCAUUUCUUCAUUUUUGCUAUGCAAUCAGAGUGCUCUAAUCCAAGAGGAUCAUAAUGAUCUAAAUCGGACCACAAACUCUUCAACUCUGCGACAUAUUCUGCCACAGAGCGCUCCCCCUGUCUCAAAGCACUUAUCUUCUCUUGUGCCUCCACCAUUAGCAUCACAUUACCUUCUCCUGAGUAUAGUUUAGUAAGAGUUUUCCACAUCUCACUCGCACUAGAGAUAGUCUCAACAGUUGUAGCAAUAGCUGGGAUUAAUGAAGUCAACAACCAUGCCACCACUAAAGAGUUGGUAGUGCUCCAAGUCUUCCAUUCUACACUUGAUGUGUUCUCAGGCUCCUUCACUUCUCCUGUGACAUAUCCUUCUAACCCCUUUGUUUUUAGUAUUAGUAAUGCCCUCCUUGACCAACUCAAAUAAUUUUUGACACCCUCCAACUUGAUUUCGUUUUGCAUUAACUCAAUCUUCAGUAUUGAUUCAGUAUGAGGGAUAAUUGCAUUGCUUGUAGUUGAGGCCUCACUAAAUUUUUUCGCUAGCAUGUCCACCAAUUUACCCAUCACUUGUUCUAUUCCUUGAUUUUCUGCCAUAAUGCAAAUUCUGAAACUGCAAACCAGUAGAAACCCAACUAGCAGAUCUGAGCCCCCUGUUCUACCUUUCCCUUCCUAUAGAUUGCUCAAAUAGUCAAUAUCACAAAAGCAGUAGCUGUGCUUUUAUCUCGGUUUCCUUGCCAAUCACACACCCACAAGAGAUGCAAAGUCUUCACUGUGCUGUGACCCCGCCACUACAGAGCAAGAGCCACUUCUUCCUGAGGAGCACCAACACCAGCUGUUUACCAGCACUUUCUUUCUUGCCUCAGCCCAAAGCAGCUCUGCACCUGCGAGCUCAGCCCCAAGCAGCAGCAGCAGCUCCGCACCUGCAGCUGCUCGGCUUCUUCCUCCUCGACGCGCCGCGCUGGCCCCGCUCUUCCGCGCCGCUGCUGAUGCGCACUCUCUACCCUGCUCAAGCCUCCACGCCUCCGGCCAGCUAGGGUUCAGCCGUCGCCUGCCGCCGGCCGGUCGGCUCUGAUACCAUGAAGUUUUUUGGCAGCCAAUUUUCUCUGGAAGCUUCACCUUCUCUGUAUUGCUAUCCUUAUUUACAUAUACAUGACUAGAUGGGCCCUCUAGCAGAUGGGCCAGCACAUAAAACACACACAUACUGUUGUAUUUACAGCCCAACAGAAUGUGAGAUCAAAUGACAAAGAUAUGAGCCAUGCUUGUGAAUACGUGAAGAGGUAGUUACAGACAUGCCAAGCUCUUCCGCAGUGGCAUCAGGCAACGGAAUCGAACAACCUGAGCAAAACACAAAGGAUGAUGAAUAUGAAAGGCUGGUCAGACCAGCUCAUAGUGUAAUAGCUGAUGAUAACACGGUAGUCCUACCUGAAGAACCUACCUCAAGGUCCAUUUGGUGGAUGAAAGUUCUGCUUGGCUGCUUCCUUCUUAUAUUAGUAUCUUAUGUCUUCGUGAAAUGGGGAGUCCCCUUUGCCUUCGAGAAGGUUCUCUUGCCAAUCAUGCAAUGGGAAGCAAGUGCCUUUGGGCGUCCAGUUUUGGCUGUUGUUCUCGUUGCAUCUUUAGCCCUCUUCCCAGUUACUUUAGUCCCUUCUGGACCUUCCAUGUGGCUAGCUGGAAUGAUCUUUGGCUAUGGUUGGGGUUUCUUGAUUAUUAUGGUUGGGACUACUAUAGGCAUGGUGGUUCCAUAUUGGAUUGGCUCAUUGUUCCGCGAACGUCUGCAUGCAUGGUUAAAAAGAUGGCCUCAGCAGAUAGCUCUAAUAAAACUUGCUGGGGAAGGAAAUUGGUUCCAGCAGUUUAGAGUUGUUGCACUAUUCAGAAUCUCGCCAUUUCCAUAUACAAUUUUUAACUACGCUGUAACUGUGACAGAAAUCAAGUUCAACCCUUAUCUAUGUGGUUCAAUUGCUGGGAUGAUACCCGAGGCGUUCAUCUAUAUUUAUAGCGGGCGGUUGAUACGCACAUUGGCUGACAUGAAGUAUGGCAACUACAAGAUGACACCGGUGGAGAUAACAUACAACGCCAUCUCGUUCGUCAUCGCUGUUGUCCUCACGGUCGCCUUCACGGUGUACGCCAAGAGAGCUCUGAAUGACAUAAAAGAGUCGGAAGGUAUUUUAACAGAAGAGUAUGGCAUAUCUACUGGCCACAAGAAUCCCCAUCAAGAGCGCUCCCCAUCACGGCCUGUACCAUUGGAUGAUGUUGUAUGACGGCGUUGUUCUACAGGGACAAAGUACAUACGGCUGCUUCAGAAAGGGAGAAACUGAGAAAGUAGGAUAUUCAUCUCUCGUCUGCUUUUCUCCAGCGGAAGAAGAGGUGUAGUGUAGGUAGGCUAAUUGCAUAAGGUGAAUGCACCUGUCUAACUCAAAUACACGCCCUAACUAAGGUUGUUGAUUCAUUGCGUGCACUGUUGUUGGCUAGAGGUUUUCGUCUGGCUUCUGUUGGGUUGGGAAUGUAGAGGAUAGCACUGGCAUGUCAACUGACUAGUGAUUGCUGGUGUCUGUCUGUACUAGGUGAUCUUGCAGCAAGUGUACUAGCAUGUCUGCAUGCUUCACCUUCGUGAAAAUGUCGAUUCUUUUCUCCCUUUGUUCCUUUUCUUUGGCAAAUAUACAGAUAUCUUCAUUU